GAAACUGAGAGGGAUAAAGAGAGAGAGGGAGAGACUGAAGGAGAAUGAGUGAGGACAGAGAAGGAGGUGUGUCAAUGAGACUGAAAUCCUUGUGAAGAAUAGGAGGGGUGGGAAUGGGCCAGUUAAUCAGAAGUAGGACAGUACGUGUUGCCCUCCUCCUCGCGCUCUUCUGCCUGCACGCUGCCGCACUCCCCAGGGACCUGGUCAGCAGCUCACCUGGACAGGUCUCAGAAUGUGAAGGGCAUGAGGCGGACGCCUGUGGGGUGUGUGGGGGCGAUGGCUCCUCCUGUGAGGUCAUCAGCGGGACAUUCUCGCGCUCCAUCCUGUCGGUGGGGUACCACAAAAUCCUGGAGAUUCCCCCGGGGGCCCAGGACAUCGAGAUACAGGAGACCACCAAGAGCAGGAACUACCUGGCUCUCUUUACCGGAGAUGGCACGCCCCUCAUCAACGGGAACUGGGCCAUCGACAGGCCCGGCGCCCUCAGCAGCGCCGGGACGCUGCUGACGUACCGCAGGCCCAACGAGAUCCGCAGCAGGACAGGGGAGUCCAUUACCGCCCCUGGACCCACCACCCAAGAGCUCCACGUCUAUGUGAUCUACCAGCAACCUGACCCCAGCGUGCACUACCGCUACAUCCUGCCCAGAGAAAACAUCCCUAGCCCUCAGCCUGCCCCGCCCACCCAUGAUCACCUAGGAGUGACCAUGGGGCUCCACACGGUGGAAGGUAACGGCUUCACUCUGGACUCCAACGGGAAUGGGAACUCUGUCGGCGGGGUCCACCCAAAUCAGGUCCCGUCUGACCCCCUCCCCUCGCCUACAGCGGCAGACGCCGCAGGCACCCAGCUCCACCCAGAACUGCUCUCCCCCUAUGGCUGGAGGCGAACCGGGAGCACGCUCUGCAGUGCCACCUGUGGGUCAGGCAGGCGUUGGGGGGUGUUCAGCUGCGUGGAGCAGGAGACCGCAGUUCUGGUCCCGGACGACCUGUGCGAGCACAGCCAGCCUCCCGUACAGGAAGAGAACUGCAAUACCCAGCCCUGCCCUGGCUUCUGGGACGUGGGCGAGUGGUCCGAGUGCAGCAAGUCGUGCGGCCCCGGGGCCCAGCACCGGCAGGUCCUGUGUCGCCGGCCCCUGGGUAACGGCAGCGUCGGCACGGCGAGCGCCUGGCACUGCCGCCACCUGGAGCAGCCCGAGACCGCGGCGUCCUGCCAGCUGAAGAUCUGCAGCGAGUGGCAGAUCCGCUCCGACUGGACCUCGUGCUCCGUGCCGUGUGGGCUGGGCCGGCGCACCCGGGACGUCAAAUGCGUGGACAACCUGGGCGACGUGGUGGCGGACGAGGAGUGCAACAUGAGGCUGCGCCCGGAGGACGCGCGCAACUGCGACAUGGGGCCCUGCGCCCGCAGCUGGUUCCUCACCCGCUGGAGCGACAGGUGCUCAGCCGAGUGCGGAGGGGGCAGUCGCAGCAGGGAGGUGGUGUGCCUGAUGAACCACAUCAGCAGCCUUCCUCUGGACAGCUGUGGGGACGAGAGGCCGGAGGACCUGACGCCCUGCGACCUCGGCCCGUGUCAGGACAAGCCCGACUGGUACACGGGGACCUGGGGGCAGUGUUCAUCAGAGUGUGGGAUUGGCACACAGAGUCGCAGUGUGGUCUGCCUGCUGCACACCAAUGGCAGCUUCGAGGUGACCGAGCCCUCCGACUGCGCCCACCUCCCUCGCCCCCCCGAGACCCAGCCCUGCCAAAUCAAGAGGUGUGGCGCCAAGUGGUACGUCACGGAGUGGAGCACGUGCUCGCGUUCCUGUGAAGGGGGGUACCAGGUGCGAGAGGUGCACUGCCUUGCCGACGACCUGACCAAGAGCAACGCCUGCGACCCCUUCCUCAUGCCGGAUGAUCGCAACGAAUGCAACACGCAGCCGUGUCUUCCAGAAACUGAUGAGAAUUGCAAGGACAUGUACUUCAACUGCAACAUGGUGGUUCAGGCAAGCCUUUGCGUGUACUCGUACUACAAAACCGCCUGCUGCGCUUCCUGUUUGCGGGUCAGUUGGAGAGAGGCGGGACUUUCCAUCAGGUGACUCCGCCUCCCACACUCCAGGGAGAAAAAACACCUGCUUUUUUUUAUAAAGACAUUCUACCACAGCAAGUGAAGAAACCACAAGAAGCUUUGUUCUGUAAUUAUUUGCAUUUACCUUUUUGUACAUGCCUUUUGUAACACAAGCCUGUUUUAACUGAACAAUCACACAACCUCAUACCCUUCCUCCUGUGAUUUUGUGAACGUUUUUGCAACUGCCCUCCAGGGAAUGUCCAUUCCAAUCGCUUUGAAGUACAACCUGCUCUUUGUAAAUGCUCCCCUUGACAACAUUCUUCAGUAUGUGGUUUCUUGGCCCUCAUUCCUAAACCAGUGUCACCCUAAACUUUUUCUAAAAAUCUAUCUAGAGGAUUCUCAAACUUAAUCCUGGCGGAUUCCUGUGUAUGCUUGUUUUCCUUCCAGCCGAACGUUCAACCCUGAAUUGAACCAGUUUUUAAUUGUACUGAAUGAGACACUUUCAAUGUCAGCUUGGGAUCAUUAACCAUGUUGAGCCACAUUGUCAUAAAUGGCUAUUUAAGCCACAAAAAAUACAUUUACCACAUUCCCCUCCCAGACUAUAAUGCUUUAUAUUUCUGCCAUAUGUGGGAAAUGAUUCCUUUAGAAAUUGGCUAGUUGAUUAGUUAAAACACAGAUGAAAUGUUGGGUCCUAACUGCUGAAAGUGUGAACGCCUGGUCAUUGAAACUAAACCUUUUUGUGGAAAAUUAAGUUCAAAGACAUGGGAAUGAGCAAAAUAUCUUGAAUCUAUAUAUCUUGAAUAAGACAGAAGGCAAAUUUUAUGAACAUAAUCAUGUUUUCAAUAGGCUUAAUUGAGAUUUAAAAGAGAUUGGCAAUCACAAAAAACAAGCAUGCACCAGAGUUGGAGAACCUGACUGAUAUCAAUUAUGUUGAAAAUAUUACACGUACAAUUGUCCGUGCACGUGUAAAAAACAUACUAAAUUUAUCCUUGAUAAUGGACGUUACAAUUUCAAGGAUAUUUAUAUUCAGUGAAUGCACGUGUCUUCAAGCAUCAAGUGUGAUUGCUCUCGAAAGCAUCUCGAAGCUUAUGGGUAAACAGCAUUGCGUUCACUGGUUACACAAGCCAAGUCAACGUGGACUGACGAGCACUGAGAAACAAGCUUUAACACAUCUCUGUAACCGUUCAUCACCAGCAAGCUGCUAAGGAUGCAAUGGCGGCAAUCAUCGAGGCCAAAACACGUUGGAUAAUUAUGAGCAGAGAUGGAAAGGUUUUCAGCUGUGUAGGCUAAUUAGCAUUUAAUUUGACACAUCUGCGCACAUAUAAAUAACAUGUCAAACAGAAGCACAGGAGUAAGGGGAAUAUAUAGGCAGCUUAGAUGGAACAGCUUAUAUGUGUUCCAGUUCUGGUCUGCUAUUGAUAUCGGGGUGAAUCUGUCAAAAUAUUGUUUCCCAGCUGUGUAGUGUGUGCCUAAAGAGCAAAAUGGGUGUAACAUCUUAUAUCUGCAAGACAAUAUCACCUUUACUUGUGAAAACAAUGGGACAGAAUCAGAGGUGGAAAAUCCCGGUUCGGAAAGUUAGUCCUCCACAGUAUUUUGUUCCAAUCACCUGGAUUUGCAAGUCGCCACUAUUCUUCAACCAGGAGGUAGAACUAACUAGUGAAAUCAGCUGGCUGAGUUCAUGGGUGGCUGAAACGCAUGGCAGGGCUUUUACCUUCUGACCUCUGGACUUUCCGCCUGUGGUCUAAAUGCAAAUUGUUGUAAUUCACAAAAAAGCUGAAUUGUGUGAUGUUCUAAAGCACUCUAAAUCUCAUAAUGUUGUGCUGUGCCAGCCCUCAACUAUUGCAAAAAUGCAUUUCUGGUAAAUUCACAAACAUUUUCCAAAAUAACACUGUGUUCUUGGCUUUAAUCAGCUAGAUCAGUGACCUUCAUUCCCGGUCCUGGCUAGCCGCAGGGCCUGCUGGUUUUCAUUUUUGCCUUAAUAACAGCAUCCAAUUCAGACCCAAAAAAACUGGGCAAGGUACAGUAACUAAUCGACUGCUUUAAUUGAUCAAUUAAGUGCUGAGCAACUACAAAAACCAGCAGACCCUGCGGCCCGCCAGGACCAGGAAUGAAGAUAACAGAGCAAGACAAUGUCAGAAAUAGCUUCAGUUAAUUAGACUGUAUAUAUAAUGGACAGGUAGCUAAGCUGUGUGCUGUCAUAAAGCUUUUUUUGUCGUUGCUGAAUUGGCAAUUCACUCUGGGAGGUGGGCUAUACAAGUCAAAAGUACAAAAUCGUUUUACUUCUAGGUAUUCACACAAGACAAAAUCACACACACAAAUAAAUAAUGAGGCCAAACAUAAACGCUUCCACACAUUUCUUCUGAAUAAUAUUUCUUUUUACUGGCGUUGAAAGCAGACCAGUUGAGAAGGCCAUUUUCAAUCAACUCGAGCACGAAAAUGGCCGACCGACAAAGACCAUGGCUCAAGACCUACGCAUUCCCAAGAUGCAAAUUACAAAUGAUUGGUUUCGGACUGCCUUUUUCAUUUUUCUUAAAUCAAGUAACACUGGGACUUUGUUUAAAACCCAACAUCCCAACAUGGUCUCGGCUGUGGUUUCCAUAACAUUCAUUUCUCAGUGUGCUCUCUGAAACACUAAGCCGUCACAUCACCAAUAAAUGAAUACAAGCUGCUG